AAUGGUUCGCGUCCCGUGAAAACAAAUAGUUUUAUGCAUUGUUUUAUGCGAAAAAUUACAUACUUUGUGAGAAAAAAGAUGCUUAAAAGAUCGAGUGAAGGUGAGGAUGAUGAUACGCGAAAGUUACGGAAGAUACGUAAGAUGGAAAAGAAAAUACAAAAAUACAAAGCAGCCAUGACAGCUGCGGAUCCAGAAACAUUGUCAAUUUUGGAGCAAAAUAGUGUGGAUGAAAAUUGUGAUAAGUUGGAAGAAGAAAAUAAUGCUCAUAGUGACAAACCAGAAGAAACCCAAGAACACCAUCAAGAACAUGAAGAAGAGGAAGGUGAUGUUGAGAUAGAGGAAGACCUGCCCCAAGACAUCCUGGCUGCCCUCGGAGAAGGGGGACAGGACGAUGAUGCUAACUAUGGAGCUGAAAUAAAAUCAGAGAUUGUUAAGAUAAUCGACACUAUACUAACAGAUGGAAUGAAUAAAGAGAUGCAUGAAUCCUUAUCAAAAACUAAGAUCCCGAGAAACAUCAAACUGUUAGAUGCUCCAAAACUAAAUACAGAAUUUGCAGGUUUUCUCAACAACUCCAUGACUAAUCGAGACAACUUACUGAAAGAUAGACAGCAAGACCUGGGCAGAGCAAUUGCUUUAGUUACUCAGACAAUUAAUGAUCUAACUAAAAAAGAUUUUGACAAAUUACAGGCAAUAAAGUCCCUGAGUGACAGCAUAAGACUACUCAGUAACCUGCAUUUCAAUUACACUCAAAUUCGAAGAAAGUUGAUUGCACCAUUUAUGGAUAAGUCGUUGACACAAAACCUAAAUGAAAACAAGAGAUCUGAGUUUUUAUACUCUAAACUAGAGGAAUCAGUAAAAACAUCCUCUGCAAUGAAACGCACAAUCAACAUUCUAAAACCCAAAAAUACUCCAAAAAACUAUCAGAAUCCCAGGCGACAACCCGCCCCAAAUCAGUACACGCCCAGAACAAACAACAUGAAUUACAAACCAAGACCAUACCAGAGCAAUCAGGCUUCAACCUACAAGCCACAGCGCAGCCAUCAACGUCCACCACAACACGCGAGGUCAACCCGCCGACCAAUAACAUCCCAUCAUCGAGGAGGUCGUGCGAAGUACCCAUAAAGGUAAAUUUUGCUGGCCGCCUUAAACAUUUUUAUAAAUGUUGGGCAUUUUUGACAGAUGAUGAAACAAUCCUAAAAUGGAUAAAUGGAUAUUCCAUACCUUUUGAUAGUGAACCAAAUCAUCAUAAUGUUCCUCUUAAUAACACAUUUAAUACUUCUGAGAGAAAGAUUAUUACAAUGGAAAUACAUAAACUUAUUGUAAUGGGGGCUAUUACCCAAUGUCAACCAAGUAAAGGGCAAUUUCUAUCUAGUAUUUUUACUAUCCCUAAAAAAGAUGGGUCUCACAGAUUUAUUCUCAAUUUAAAGUGUUUAAACAAAUUUAUUAUAACAAAACAUUUCAAGCUGGAAGACAUUAGGACAUUAUGUAAACUAGUUACAACAGAUGAUUACAUGUGUACUGUUGACUUGAAACAUGCAUAUUAUUUGGUGCCUAUAAAUGAAUCACAUAAGAAAUAUUUAAGAUCUACAUUCAAUAAGAAA